AUGGGAAUCCUUUCGUCCAAAAUUGAUCGAUCCAGCGUGAUGCUUCAAAGCGAAUUGGUGUUUGAGGGAAGCUUAGACGUCCAAUUCCCCACAAUCCUUGACAACUCAGAGCGUUCCUACAGCUUUGACCAGAAAGAUUGAGUCCACUGCAAAUUCAAGCUGCAAGGCUCGACCUUAGAAUGCAGCACUUCAGAAAGCACAGUAGAAACAAUUCUACUCGACAACAACUUCGAAGUCUUAAAUGAGCAAGGCAGUUCGCUGAUUUUCACUGUAAAAUUUGCAACAAGAGAUAACUCAUCCCAGCAAUGAAAACUUAGGGCCAGCUCGCCUGAAGAGUUCGAAAAGUGGACGUCUUUUGUUAAGCAGUCUUUGCGAGCUGAGUGGUCUUUGAAAGACUUUUGUAUGUGCUGCCACACCAAAUUUGGUGUCAUCACACGCAGACACCAUUGUCGGGCGUGCGGAAGGUCAGUCUGCUCUGAAUGCUCUCCAGUCAUGAUUGGUAGUAUAAAAACAAUAUAUAAAAAUUAUUAAUAAUGCCAAUAAUAUAUAUUAGAAUAUAUUUAGAAUAAGCCAGUCAUGACUACGUUGCCACACCUCGGCUAUUCAACUCUAGUUAGAGUCUGUCGUAUCUGCGGAAACGAACUUGCGCAUAAGCGUAAAGGCCCACAAGAAGGCAAUUCACCCAACUAUACACAGAGUAAGAAAGGAAAUUCGCCAAAUAAACAGAAUAAACAUAAACCUAAUUAUAAAUAA